GACCUCAGGUCCAAUUUACGCUAUCUUACGUCUGUUAAAACGAAAUACUUUCUAUACAAAAAAUGUAGCCUUACAUCUUAAGAAUCCACAGAAUCAAACGGUUUGCGAUUUCGUGAAGAAACGAUGGAGAUAUGCUCAAACUACCGCAGGCUGUCCAAUUAUGACGGGAAUGACAAAGUUGGUGAAUUUUGUUCUUGUUUCCACUCCCGCUCAUCCGUAAGGUUUCAGCCGAUGAUUUCCAG